AGGUUUCCGCACGGAGCUAAUAUCCGGCCGGAGGAAAUGCGCUGACGUCAUCAGCACAAGAUGGCGGCCUUGGGCGCGCUGCUAUUGGCGCUACACUUGGCGCUGGCAAGCGCUGGAAAGUGCACCACAGGGUUCUCAGUAGUGGCGCCUGAGGUAGCAGUCCCGGGGAAGACGACAGCUGUCCUUGUCACACUUCAUGGCAGAGCUGGAAACGGAACACUCGACCCACUGAACGUGACUGUCCGAUUGGAGACCCAAGACGCCGAGAAUGACGUCAAACUACUGACCACUGCCAGCCAGAUGAUAACAGGUUACGGCAUCAUUCCCCUCAAGAUUCCGUCUUCCCCGGCGACGCACUGCACCCUGCACACGACCGUCGGGUGCCUCGGCAACGACGAGUGUACAGCCAAGAGCCACAGCGUCAUACGCCUGCUGGGACCGGUGCGCGAUGUGAUCGUGAGACCCGCUCGACAUCACUACAAGCCUGGAGAGACGAUAACCUUCUGGAUACUGGCGUUAGACCAUGAUCUGAGACUGGUGCGCAACGAGCUUGCGUAUGUGGCACUGAGCGACCCAGCUGGCACCAAGGUCGCUAUAUGGGAUCAACUGUCUUUGGACGAAGGAGUUCGCAAGUUGAGUGCCAUCAUAGCAUCAAGUGCCCACUCUGGUACUUGGCGGAUCGAAGCUCGUUGUGGCGGUGGAUCCGCCAGCGUCGACCUCAACGUUGGGACUGGAGCCAACAGUCCUACAUCAGCAGCGCCAGCAGCUGAACAGCAUUAUGUGGAACUGCGGUUUGCUGACAGCAUGCGAAGGCGAUACAAGCCUGGUUUACCCUUUGUUGGACGGGUCGAAGCUAUGAGUACCGAGAAGAAAGUCAGGGUACGCGUCAAACUCUACGAUGAUAAGACAGAUAUCUACAGCCAAGACAUCGACAUGUCGACUGGGGAAGGAGGCUUCAUCGUCCCAACGGUUAUGGCCGAUGCACCAUUUGUUAAUUUGCAGGCCGAGUUGGUUGCCGUGGAAGGAAAAGAGAUAGAGACCCACUACGUGCUAGCAAGAGAGAGCCUACGACGAUGGAACUCUACGUCCAAGUGCUACCUACUCGUGGAGAACUUGCCUACACCAUUACAGGCCGGUGGCAUCGCCAGUGCAAGCGUCUGGUCCUCCUGCGGUUGCCGGCAGCGGUUGCUGGCAGCAGUCACAAGCGGCGGGCGUGCUGUACACUGGGCUGCUGUCCCUGCCCCUGUACCAGCCAACGACAGCGACCUAUGCCGUUUUAAUUACACGUUCCCAGUGACAGCUGACAUGGCCCCGGUGAGCUCACUGCUCGUGUACUACGUCACUGAGGCCGGUGAGCCUGUGAGUGACGUCGCCAGCUUUCAUGUUCGACUACUGCAUAAAGACGUUGUCGUGGCUAUAGAAGAGAGGCGAUGGUGGUAUCCUCGCGCGACUCUCCAGCUUCGCGUCUUGGCUCCAACGGAUUCCACCAUGUGCUUGAUUGGAGCACGCGCCCCGCCUGACGCUCGCUUCGAUCCUCACCAAACGCCUGCCGAGCACGAGGAACAACCGGUGCCAGAGUUCGUGUCAGCCGGUGUAUCGCUCUUCGUAGGCGGCGGUGCGUGCGGCGGCGGAGUGUUGUACAGGCAGCGCACUGCGCCCGCACCUCGCACGCCAGCGCACCUCGUCCCGCCCGCCUCUCACGACAGGCUGUGGAUGUGGAAAUGCUUCAAUUAUACGAGCCAAUUAUCAACGGAUGGAGUAACCAUUUCGGCGCCAUCAGAAGCUGGACGAUGGUCAUUGUGGGCUCUCUCAUUGUCCAAUCGUGGGCUCCGGUUCUCAGCACCACGGACCAUCAACGUAUUCAGACCCAUCCAGCUGGACUUCGCGUUACCACCUGCUCUGAAGGUCGGAGAAACCGUCGAAGUGGACGUGAAGAUCACAAACAAUAUCAACAACUGUAUGGAUGUGACGGCUCUAUUAGCUUUGAGCGCGGGCGCAGCAUUCGCAAGCACUGGCGCCCUUUAUGUGACGGAGAGAUUGAGGCUAGGACCGCGUGGUGGGACACAACUAGUGGUCAGGGUAGCUGUCAACACACCAGGCCGGAAGAAUAUCACUGUGGAAAUAACUGGCUACAGUGCUGACAACUGCUCGGUUUCCUACACCUCAUUCAACAACGAAACACUGGUUGGGUCUGUCAUCAGAUCCGCCAGUGUGCUAGUUCUGCCCGAAGGAUUGCACAGGACUGAUACGCAGAGCGCCUACUUCUGCGCUAAUGAGCAUUUAGCAGUAUCGUCCCGUGGUUCUUGGGAAUGGCAAUGGGUAGCAGCGCCCAGAAACAGAGCCGGACUUGUUCUGGAGCUGAGGGCUCAGGGUGCUGCUCAUGUGGCGCUCUCCACCAUCAAAGAGCCCUCGGAAGACAUGUACAGAGUGGUCUUCGAGAGAAGCAGAGUGUGGAUCGCUAAAGGGAAACAUGGCUACGACGUGCACUUAGCGAGUGCAGAACAGACGGAAAGUGACGAAGAAUGUUCUGGUGCCGACUCCUGGUGCGCCUGGUGGGUGUGGUGGGAAGGUGGAAGGCUGUCAGUAGGCCGCGGCGCAGUGCCUUCAGAGAGACGACUGCUAGUAUGGCCUUUAGCUGCUGAUAUGAGAAUCAAAUACGUGGGCUUCAGCGCUCUGUGGGGAGACAAGGCAGAUUUCAGAAUUUGGAACUUCAACGAGGAAGCAGGAUUCUCCCAAGUACUAGAACUGGAUUUACCACGAGGCGUAGUUCCUGGUUCAGCGAGCGGAUCUCUUCUAGUUUCUGGUGGACUCCAUCUACCUCUAUACAAUCUACAAACUGAUUCGACGGAACAAUGGACCGAAGUGUGGAGAGAUUCCCAACUAUCAGCAGCUUCCGCUAGCUUAGCACCUUUGUUGGCAUUGGAACACAUACCGCAUUUAGUAGAAGAUUCUGAAAGAGAGAAGAUUUUGAAAAAGCUUCCGGAACAGGUACAAGUGCUCCUAUCAUUUCGCAAAAGCGACAACUCAUUCAGCGACCAUCCAGCAAUGAGCAGUCAUUUAUCCACGAUCAGAAUCCUAGAGAUCCUUUCAAAGAUUCAAUCUUACUAUCCCGUAGAUCCAGACCUUUUGCAAAACAUUAAAAAAUGGAUUCAAGCAAGACAAGGUUCCGAUGGAUCGUUCACUCCAUUGCCAGCAGAUAAAGAAGUUGAUUAUUACCCUGUUGAUAUAAAGAAAACUAAUACUACCCAGAAAGAGGUUGAUGUGAACGAAUACUACUAUUAUGAUAAAGAUGGCAAUAUGACUCAAGAUGAAAUUGAUUGGGAAAGGACUGUGGAAGUGACGGCUGAGACAAUGGUUGCGUUACUGGAAGUCGGCGUUGAGAACCAGGUGGACGCAAAUACUGUGAAAAAAGCUCAAAGCUAUCUGGAGAAGAAUUUGUACAAUUUGACUUCACCCGCGGCUCUUGCUGCUACUGUUUUAGCACUCGUCCUUGCAAGAAGUCCCAUAGUGCCAGAAGCUCUAAUUAUACUAAGGAAUGCUUCAACGACCGAGGAAGGUGAAUUCGGCUGGCCAGCUCCUAGGAAGGAUGCUGCUGACUGGCUUCUAGAAGAAACAUCAAGAAAUAUUAAGACUACAUCUUAUGAAGCGGUAACAAUGGAGCAAUAUGUAGCUGGGGUUCGAGUCCUACUAACUGCUUGCGCUCGCGGCGCCUUAGCCGAAGGAGAAGCCGCAGCCCGAUUCCUGUACUACCGAGCUUCAACAUUGCAACGACAUCCAAGUCUGGCCUACCCUGCUACCAAGGGAGCCGCACAUUAUGCCGCGCUAGCUCACGAUCGGCACAGAGCUCUCACGGUGUCCUUAGCGACUGCAGGAAUGGAACUAACAGACACACUAGAAUUAAGAGCCAGGACUCCACCACGUCCUCUACAGUUGCCUGGUUUACCGACGAAAGUAUUUGUUUAUGCCACUGGUGCAGGAUGCGCUACUGUUCAGGGCACAAUAAUUUACUCUACGUAUACACCAAAGCCUGAGAACGCUUUACUGAAUAUCCAAGCCGCCAUCAUUGAAGAAAUAAGGCCGGAAAGAAGCAGCAUAGAAGAAUUGCAAGGCAAUCUACCCACUCUGAUUAUCAAAACUUGUUUCAAAUGGAAAGGAAAAGAACGAUCAGGGAUAUUGCGUCUUGAAUCUUCCUUAUUUUCGGGAUAUGAACUGCAUUCCGUUAACCCUGUGGUAUUGGAUGGCGCUACUUUCGCUGACUUACACUACGGUUCGAGAGGGGAAUCUGUAUGGUUCGUGUUUGCUAAUAUCAGCUCAACCUGCCCAGUCUGCGUCACCUACGAGGCAAGAUCUAAAUUCGUCAUCACCAGUCUUCGUCCAGCUUUUGCUAAAAUUUACCCUUCAACCCGCCCAGAUUUAGCUGUCGAAACAUUCUUCCACGCUAGACCUGGAAGUCCUUUACUCAGAGGUAUAACUGAUGAUGAUUUCAUCACCUGGUUUGAUAAAACGGAACUCGCUAGUCUUCAAACUACAGCCAAUAUUGAUAAUAUUUGUGAGUGUGGGCGAAUUUGCAGCAGAGACUAUGAAUUUAGAAAAAACGAUGACCAAUCUACUGAGGAAAUAACAACAACAAAAACUAGUUCAACUGCAGAAACAAGUAGCUCCACUACAUCUCCUAUUUUUAUGUCUACUACAACCGAACGUAAUAUCCAAACUAGCGAAAUUUUUGAAAAUAUUACCGCGGCAGAUAACAUGAUUACUGAUAAAUAUAUUUCUACCACACAUAAUACUUUAGAAGUAGUAACAGAAGCAACGGAAGGAAUUACUAACAUUUCAACAACCAACGAAAUUAAUAAUAAAGUUGGAAUCAUUGAUGAACCAAUAAUCAUACCGACUGCUAUUUCAGUAAACUACACUAAUGUAAUUAAACUUUCAAAGUUUGAAAACAAUAUACCUAUUAUACCGAAACAUAAUGGAGAAUUGAUCGUACAAAAAGUAAUAAUGUCGAAAUCAAUUUUGAAAAAAGAGGAAUUCAAGAAAAAUCCUUUGCCGCGUAGAAAAGGCACAUUAAAGGCAACAUACGGUGAUAAGGUAUUUGAAAAAACAAAAUCCACUAAUACAUCAAGCAUACACAACAACUUAAUCAGUAAAUUUGUCCCACAAAAUAUUACAAAAUCAAAAGAUGCAACUUUGAAUAAUACCCAUUUAAACAAAGAUAAGAAUGUUGAAAAUAAAUCGCAAAAUAUUAAUACUGAUGACACGAAACUAAUCAUUAUACCCAAAAUUGAAACACAAACAACCGUAGAACCCUCAGUCUUAAAGAAAACUUUGAAAGUUCACGUGGAAACUUCCACUGUACCACACACUAUUGCCGCGAUUACAAAUAGCAACAUAAAAACCAUGCAUUAUAGAACUAAGAAACCGAAAGCAAUUACACAAAUAAAGAAACCUCGUAUAGAAUCUAAUCACACUGAUACAGUGAAUCAGAAAAACCAAACAAAGUUAUCGGAGUACAUAGUUAACAAAACCAAAAUCAAAAACAUUAAUUCUGAAAAACGGAUAGCGAAACCCUUAAAGUCUAUAAACAAAGAAAUACAUAAAAUACCACCAACUCCAAUGUCGGAAACCUCAAAAAUACUAUCUGAAACGCUGAAACCAGACAUUGCACCAGAAAAUAAAGGUGGCUUCGACAUAUUGGACAAAAACAAUCUUUGGGAAUUGCUCAAAGAAGGUUCAGAUUCUGAUAUAUCUAAAAUAGAUGAUAAGUUACAAAUGCAUAACAAGCUAAACACACUAACGCAAAAUCUACCUAACGCGACACAAAACGAGAAUCGUUCUUUAUAAACUUUAUUGUUAUAUAUUUUAUAAGACACAAAGACUCCGUAAAUAUUUUUGUAACACUCUCACGCCACUACCUGUAAUGAUGAAUGAACUUGUUAAUUGUAAUUAACUACCACUUCAUAUGGCAUUUCCUAAGCACACAAAUUGUUGAUUGUAAGAAGGAAGUCUGCACUUGUCGUUUGUAUUAUUUACCAAAAAGAUGUAAUAAAGUACGCGUUUGUAAAUAUUAAAUUAAGGUAUGUUAAGAUACGCGCUGUGACUACUGUUGAUGUGUGAAUAUUCUACGCCCAAUUGCUCAAAGCCCGAGGUAAGUUCCAAAUAUGACGUUAUUGUAUUACUGUCUUAGAAACAAUUUAACACGAGCUAGGAGAUGUUAGUUGGCUUGGUAGAAUUAGCUUCGUUUUUGUAAAGGAAUUCAGACUAAACUAUUUGACAACGUAAAAAAAGGCUUGUAGAAAAUGCGUGACUAAAAUUUUAGAUGGGCUAGAAUGAUAGAUGCUAUAUGUAGUAACAGGCUACCUGACUAUUGAAAUUUAUACUACCUAACAGGAUUAUGAACUAAAUAACUUUAAAAUUCAUUGGUAGCCUUCUAGAUUUGAAUUAACAUUAUUUUUACUCGAUUAAGAAUAUAAAGAGUUGCCAAAAAUCUAAUGUAAUAUUUGAUCUGAAGUAUAGGAUUUUCUAUUCUGUUCUUUUAGGAACAAAAUUAUUUACCCCCCUAGUAUCUAAAUACCGAUAGGUGAAAUCUAGUGUUCUAUAGAUGUAAAGUAAUGCUAAUGCCCCAGAAUUUCCAUCCGUCUAAUCUAUCGUCUUCUGUAUCUAUUGUAUGUAAAUCUUAGUCUCUUAUCGUAGUUGUUUGUAUAAUUUCGUUUUGUUAUUGAUGAUCAAUGACACAAUUGAUCGUUUCUAUUAGUAAAUGUAAAUUUUAAUUGAACUAAAUUUAUAACUUACAAAUGAGAAGGUACCUUAUUUAAGUUGUAUGUUAGUUCAUCCGUCCGGACUGAAGCAGACGCAGGUUCGAGUCAUGUCUGAAACCUUGACCGAGUUUUUUUU